AUUACAGAAUACAAACCAACAAAACCUAAAUUACAAAGGAAACCUAAAUUGUGAUCGAAUAUAAUGGGGCAAUCAUGCUUAAAUAUAGGAGAAGGAGGAGAAAAUGAUGAAACACCAAGAUAUAUGAAGAUACCGAUGCAAGAUAUGAUGUUCGGCGAGGUUUUUGUUAACCCCAAAUACGAAGCAUGGAAACGGCGUCGUUUGAUUAAGGCUCUUCAACGCCCCCCUAGAGGCAUUGAUGCCAGACUUGCUGCUAAGGGUGUCCCGCCUGAUAGUGGAUUUAAAACGCUAGUUGAAGAGUUGGGUCUGACCAUGGAAGCUGUUGCACCAUAUAUGAGUGCUUUCAAACCUAAUACUACGGGCACCGAUCUCAUGCUACCCAGGAUAAAAAUCAUUCGCCCAAAAGUUAUAUGGAGGGAGGUGUCAAGCGACCUGCUGCAGAUCCAUCAGAACCAACCGGUAUCCAAACUGAAGGGAUGCAUAAUUACCCUCUGAAGUCCAAAUUAUCAAAUGAAUCCCUGGUGGUUGAUACAAACCCUGUGCCAGAACCAGAAGCAGCAACAGCAACUGCUGCAUUUUCUGGCACCAAAGCUGAAGUGCAAGGCGGAUCCCUUCUCAGACCCUGCGAUGAUCUUGGCGAGUGAAACCCUGCAGGAGAAUAGAAGGCAAAUGGUACCAAAGGGGAAUUGUAAGGAGGAUCUGUAACUUAACAAGGGGGAUCCACUCUUAUCUUUUGGUUUCUAAUGUCAUUGACGGUGUAAUGGAAUGUUUAAAUAAAUUUUGACGAAUGUUGACCUUAGCAUUAUGUUAUUACUCGUAUGUAUCCCUAGAUUAUAUGCAUGUAAUAUCUAUUGA